AUAAAGCGUUGUCACUGCACCAGCUGCAGUUUGUUUAGGUCAAUGAAUGGGAAGAACGGAUGAAGGGUAGGACGCAGUCGUGCUGGAAUAUCAUCCUAUACAGGCAUGGCGGGGCUCCAAUUACAGCCUUUCAGGAUGCUGAAGCCCGCAGCAAACGUUAUCACUCGCAGGAAGCAAGGACACAGCAUGGAGGCUGCCGGACGCUUCACAUGGCUCUGUCUCGUGGUGGUGUCCAUAGGCCAGAUCUGCAGUGCAUUGCACAGACCUAGGGAUGACAACCAGAUGCAACAGGGAAUCUUCUCACCUAUUAAACGUAUACUGAAUAUGACAAGCAGGAUACGAGCUGUAACUGAAGAAGGUAAACCUUGCAAGCUUCCAUUUCUUUGGGGUGGACAUCUACAUUUCUCCUGCGUACCUCGGCGGUUCUUUAGAAAUAAAAAGUGGUGUUCGACAACACACAAUUAUGACAGAGACGGAGAGUGGGGAUUCUGCGCCAUAGAAGUCGGCAGAGACAUCUUAUUUCAAGAUCAUUGUGCAGGCAAUCCCUGCAAAAAUGGUGGCACCUGUACUAAUGUACCAUUCUUCAACUCAUAUUACUGUAUGUGCCCGGUGGAGUACUCUGGUCAUGACUGUGAGAUUGAAAAAUGUUUCGAUAAAGCUCAUUAUGUGCAUUAUGAUAAUGGAGAAUCAUGGACAAGAAUUCACAAAGGGAAGGUGGAACAAUGUACGUGUACGGACAGCCAGAUUGAGUGUCACACUGGAGAAAGAUACACAGCUUGCUCAGUGAAUCCAUGUCUCAAUGGUGGAGCCUGUCGUCUGAUGAUCGCUACUAACAAUCCAGUAUGUAGCUGCAGGGGAAGAUUUGUUGGCAAAUACUGUAAUAUAGAUCCAAAGCAGGGCUGCUACAGUUAUGGCAAUGCAUCAGAAUAUCGAGGUAUGGAGAAGAAAAGUCGGUCAGGCCACAGCUGUCUGAAGUGGGAUUCUGAUGUUCUUCACCGAGAGAUUCAUAUCGGCACACAGGAAGACUUUGUGCACAAGGGUUUGGGAUCCCAUUCAUACUGCAGGAGCCCAGACAAUGACGCAGCUCCUUGGUGUUAUGUUAUGAAGGAGAACCAUGUGUCCUGGGAGGAUUGCCCAGUAUCUGUAUGCACUGACAAAGCAAGGAGAAUAGUAAUGGAAGAAGAAGAUUCUGUCUUUGCUGUCACAAAACCUAAAUGUGGUAAAAAACACGAGAAGCGUGUUGUCACCAGAGGACGAAUCCUAGGUGGUCUUUCAGCUCUUCCAGGUUCUCACCCAUGGUUGGCAGGAAUAUACAUUGGGAAUCUAUUCUGUGCUGGAAGCCUCAUAUUGCCCUGCUGGGUUGUCUCGGCUGCCCACUGCUUUGCUGACAGUCCCCGGAAAUCAAGCGUGAAAGUGGUUCUGGGACAGCAAUUGUUCAACAAAACAUCAGAUGUCACUCAGACGUUUGAAAUCGACAGAUAUAUUUUUUAUCCUGAAUAUUCUGUGUUUAAACGCAAUGAACAUGACAUUGUUUUAAUAAAACUGAAAAGAAAAGAUGGCCAUUGUGCAAAGAAAACGCCAUUUGUCCAGACGAUCUGUCUACCAGAUGGUAUCACAUUUGAGGAAGGGCACACAUGUGAUAUAUCGGGAUGGGGUCGUAUGAAUGAAGAUGAGACCGAUUACGCAACUGUCCUACAAGAAGCUGUGGUGCCAAUAGUGUCUGACAAUAAAUGCAGCAGUCCUGAAGUCUAUGGAUCUGAACUAAGUGAAAACAUGUUUUGUGCUGGAUAUUUUGACUGUAACGUUGAUGCCUGUCAAGGUGACUCAGGAGGGCCACUCGAGUGUCAGCAGGAUAAAACCUCUUACCUGUACGGAAUUGUCAGCUGGGGUGAUGGGUGUGGCAGGAUCAACAAGCCUGGAGUGUAUACAAAAGUGUCUAACUAUGUUCAAUGGAUCAACAGCAAAACUAUGCCCAAAAAAGCUGAUAAAAAACGAUAGUUGUCCUGUCCUUGAGGUUUAAAAUAAAGAUACUAAAGUUAUAAUUUUUUUUAGGUAAAUACAUAUUAUUGCAAUGGAUGACAGAAGUGACUCCAAGUAAAUAAUUUAUUUGUAUUUUUUUAUUUUUAUUUUUGGCACCAUUUCUUUAGAUAUUUUAGAUAUUUGGGCAUCAACAGAUUUCAGAGGUGUAAGCAAUGACCCAAAUGCAAAAUUACUUUUAUAAGGCCCUCUAACUAUAAUGCAUGAUUUCGUAUUAUUGGUCUUCUUGAAUGGGGCAAAGGGACUUUUAGUACUCCUUUAGGUUUCAGGGCCCAAAGGUAACAAAAACCUUACACAUCUGACAAUUUACUAUAUAUGAAUUAGAAUGAUAAGGAAUUGGAUGUCAUGACAGCCUGUGCAGAGCAAUUAUUAAAUAUUCCUUAAUCUGUGUCAAAUAUUAACUCAUGCCAUACGCCAAAUUUAUACAUUUCAUGUAGCCAAAAUAAACACAAGAAAAUCAGCUAACAAAUGAGGCAUACCACAACCACUUUUGAUACAUUUUCCCCACAGUCAUCCCAAAAAGUACCAUUCAGGUGUGAAGAUUAUAAUGGACUUUACAGAAGAGGAAUAAGAGUGAGCACGUAAAAUGUUGUCAAUAAUAGUCAAAAUGAGGGACAUUUAUCAAUGUUUGCUUAUGUCUUCUUUUUUUUUAGUAAUUUUUUCCUUACUUUUUUUUUGCUUAUGUGUGACUUAUUUAUCAAUUGGUUUCAGCCUGUUGAUAAUUUUCUUUCACGUAAGCAAUUUUUCCUUUUUUACUUUGGUAGUAGCUUUUUCUGCUCCAUGUUUGAGCUGGAGUAAAUUUAGUCAAUUUUUAACCCUUUUUUUUGCGCAGUUGGGACUGUCGCAGUUAAUAAAUACCUGACUACCCGUAGUCCAUUUUAAAAUUAUUACUACGUAGUUAAUUUUUGGAAAACUUGCUUUUCUCGCUUUCCAGUCAAAAUGUCGCACGAAAAAUCGCGUAGUCGCAGUUGCGACAAUUUUGCGACAAUUAUAGUAAAGAAAACCUGACUAAACCCGUUGAUAAAUGUCCAUAAAUAUGUGUAUAAACUGCUAAAUAACUUGAAUUAUUUGGAUUGUGGAUAUGUUCUUUUACUUCAUCAUGUGUCAUCCUGGACCUAUAAGCAGCAGAUAAUAUAACAUAAUAAUACACUGUGUGGACCAUUAUUUCCAGAAUGGGAUCAUUAUGCUCAAAUUGUAACCUAAUAAAAAUAAACUAA